AUGUGCCGUGGCCGUCAAAGGAACAAUAUUCCGGAAUCCAAAGUCAAAGGGGAGAAUAUUCAAGCCAAUAACUGUACUGAAAAUCAAUCAAAUUCCUCCGAGGAAGAUUCGUAUGUUUUUGUAGUCACCCCACCAGUAGAAAAGGAGGUUUCCCCAAAUCCACGAGCAGUUAAAACCAUUCCAGUUAUUAUUGAAAGGGCUCAUAUUAGAAUGAUUGUUGACACCGGGGCAACAACAAACAUUUUGGUAUCAAAAGCAUUUAAUGAAAUCAAAAAGAAAAAUCCCAGUUUACAUCUACAUCCAUCAACACACAAAAUUUAUGCUUACAUGCAAUCUCAGCCUUUACCAGUCCUUGGAAAAUUUGAAGCACUUAUUGAGUCGAAACACCGAAUGGCUGUUACGACAUUCCAUGUUGUAAAUGGGGACGGUGGGUCACUACUAAGUUAUUCCACAGCCACUGAGCUUGAUAUUGUGAAAAUGAACGUGCAUGCUGUUACUCAGUCUAGUUCUACAUCCUACACGGAUCCUCGAGAUGAUCAUAACCAGUUUGGCAAUGAGAACCCAGAAAACCCAAAGAACCAUCAGCCAGACUCACCAACUAUGUAA